CGCGAACGGACGUGGAGCGGGCACAGCGGCCCGGUUACCGGGGAUGGCGGAGCGCGGGCCCUGGGGCGGAACGUUCCGUGCGCGGCCGCGCGUUCCGGGGGAAGGAGCCGCGCGCGGGACACCGGCGCCGCCAUCAUGGCGGCCUGAGGCACGGUGGGGACGGCGCCGGGAGCCGCAGGACGGGAGGCCGGGCGGAGAGAUUGAAAACCUAGAAUGGCAGGAGAACAGAAACCAUCCUGCAAUCUUCUAGAGCAGUUUAUUUUACUAGCCAAAGGUACAAGUGGCUCAGCUCUGACUGCUCUUAUAAAUCAAGUGCUGGAGGCUCCAGGGGUUUAUGUCUUCGGAGAGCUGUUGGAGUUAACAAACGUCCAAGAGCUUGCUGAAGGAUCUAAUGCUGCUUAUUUCCAGUUGCUGAACCUGUUUGCGUAUGGGACGUACCCAGACUACGUAGCAAAAAAAGAUAACCUGCCUGAAUUAACAGUGACUCAGAAAAACAAGCUGAAACACUUGACGAUCGUAAGCCUGGCUUCCAGAAUGAAGUGCAUUCCCUAUUCUGUGUUGCUGAAGGACCUGGAUAUGAGGAAUCUGAGGGAGUUGGAAGAUCUGAUUAUUGAAGCAGUUUAUACAGAUAUUAUCCAGGGGAAGCUGGAUCAACGAAACCAGGUGCUAGAGGUGGAUUUCUGUAUUGGCAGAGACAUUCAGAAGAAGGACAUCAGUAACAUUGUCAAAACUCUACAGGAAUGGUGUGAUGGUUGUGAAGCGGUUCUUAUAGGAAUUGAGCAGCAAGUACUUAGAGCCAACCAAUACAAAGAGAACCAUCACCGAACUCAGCAGCAGGUAGAGAUGGAGCUGUUAGCGCUAGUUCCUACAGGAUCACCUGCCAGCUGUGAUGCUAUUCCUUUUACAUCAAGACUGUGAGAUGACACCUCUCCUUGCUGGCAGACAAGCCAGCUCUUUUCCCAGCCUGCCAGAGUCACUGCAGAAGUGUCAUUUACAAAGGCAGUUUGCAACUCAUUACCCUGGAUUUUCACUGUAGUUCUGCUCCAGAGCGCCUGGGCUUUUGCUGUGUGCCCCAACCUAAUGAAUUGCCUGAUUUGGUUAGUGCUGCCGUCUCUUCUGACAAGGUUAGUUACUGACUGACAAGAAGGGACCUGGAUUCAGUUCACUUCUUGUUUUUGACUCGCGCUUGUGUCAAGCACAGGCUUCCUCUGGAAGCUGUCCUGUGAUCGUUCCCUUUGUUUUUCUGCAUUCUGAGGGAAGCAGCCCAUGCUUGGAGAAGUCCUAGAGCAAGUGGCAGGGGUGUGUGUGCUGCUGCCCCAGCGGUCCCUGCUCAAUGCCUCAGGUCCCUUUCCAGCUGGAAAAUUCCACUGCUUUCCUGCUCUGGGGCUCUGAGCUUUUCUUUUUCUUCAUUGGUCUGGGAUUUGCUGUCACCUGAGCUGGGCUUUGUAACCCUUCAGCAAUAAUCACCUUGGAAAAGCUGCAUUAAUGGUACCAGGGAAAACCAUGCAUUGUGGGCUGGAGGUAACAGAACUGAUUUCCCACAUGUUAGAGGGUGACUGUGUCCCUGUUGUGGGAGCUCCAAGGUCUGCUCCGGCCGGUUUGGGCUUUGCAAGGCGCUUAUACAACAGCACUGGAGAAACCUUUUCUCCUUUUUCACUAGAGAGCAGUGUGCUUUUUCAGGCUGGGGGCCUACAGCUCAUCUCAUGCUAGGAAUAGUUCCUGGAGAGGGGAAAUCAAGGCUGUUCCUUUGUCAUGUCACAAGCACUCCCACCUGGAAGCUGAAUGUGGCUGCUGCUCGUUCAGCUGGUAGAGCAGGAAAUGUGUAGGUCCUGUGGGUGCUAGUUUGACCUGAGUGUGGACAGAGGACCUUGGGAGCAUGUGUGUACACCUCUGCUAAAAUCCAUUCUCUGGAUUUUACUGUUGAAACGUCAGAUGCCAUCCCCGCCCAAGGCUGCAGCCUGCAUCCAGGACAGCUCUUGCUGUUCAGUUAUGCCAUCUCCAGGCUGGGAUGUGGCAAGGGAGUUUUCCAGUGCUGUCACUAGAUCCUUUUACUGAACGUUGUGAGGAUUUGACCUAGCUGGCCCACAAGGGAGGCAGUGAUGCAAGAUGAAUUUUUCUGCUGCACGUGAGGCCUCCUCCCCACUUAAUUAGAUUCCUGUGGCCCCCAUCUUUCCUGCUGGCCUUGUUUCCCACUGAGUCCCUCUCAGGAAGACCCAACUGUGGCCUUGUCAGGUGCUUGCUGUGCUCUAAUGAGCUGUUUCAGUUUCCCUUUAUGGCCUGUCCGAUGAACCGAGGAAGGUACUUGUCAGCACUCUGAAAACUGACCUCUACUUGCAACACCACUCUCUGCCCCUCAGACCCACCGGUCUGGCUGUGCCGGGUGGGUGCUAAGGUUGAGUGGAUCCAAGUGCUCCUUCACCCCCAAGUGCUGCCUUCUCUCUUGCACAUCAGCUCACACCCCCACGUGGGCACGAUGUUCCUGUCCUGCAGGUGGGAAAUCAGCAUGCUGAGGGACAGGGUGAUCUAUCCCUGGUUAGAGCAGAAGCAGCAAAGUGAGGAGCCAAGCUGUUAUCCCCUCCCUGUGCGCAGGGAGCUCUCGGUCUGAUCGCUGUCCUUCUGCCAAACUGGCGUCCUUUUGCAGUGCAGCUUUGUCCUUUUCCUGGGUCUUGCUCUUUUCCAGGAAGCCCAGUGGAUGGAAGAAGCCCGUGCUGUGGGCCUGCACUUUUCCUCUUGGACCACACUGCAGAGGAGAAGCAGGAAUCCAGACCGUACGCAACCCUAGACUGUGAUCUCUGGGAUCUCCCCACCUGAGCUCGGGUUGUGCCUCACAGAAGUUGUCAAAUUUUGGGGACUGAAUUCCUGAGACCAAGUUCCCUCUGCUCUGUUGAGGAGAUGCCCUCUGUCACCAAGCAGAUGGUUUUAUGCCAGCUCUGGCUUUGCAGGAAAAAGCCAAAGUUGGAAGGGGAGUUGGCCCCACCUUGGUCCCAGCCUGGCAUUCUGUUAUGGUCAUUGCUCUGGCUUCAUGCUUGAGGACCAGGGACCUGAGGGGGACCCACAGUACCAUCUUCUUAUGCCACGUUCAGACCUGGUGUGCAAAGUCUGCACAGCAAGUGAUUCCUUACUGUCCCUUAGGUUUGCUGGGUGGCAGUGGGCAGUCCCCUCUGAUGGACAUCUCUUUAGGGGCUCCUGGCACAGGCCCUCCUUCCCUCUAAAGGUGUGCAGAGCCAGUAGAGUGACUUUGGUGGGUGUUGUAUUUGCCUUACAGAGCCCUGACAGUGGGUUGUCAUUACCUACGGACAUCUCUGGAGGGCUCUAGCUGACUCUGAGGCAGGACACCGAGCUGCCAGCCACCUGUCCUCCCUCCCUCCCUUCCCAGCCCAGCCUCCCAGGGUUUUGAUUUUGUUCCCCAUAGGCAAUGCCUUACAUGGUCUGUCAGCUGCUGCUCCCCAUCCAGCUGGGCUCUGGGCACCAUGAGGUGGGUACCUCUCUCUGAUGGAAGGCUUCGCUCCUAUGAGCCUAGAAAUGUCACGUGCAUUCUCCUAACCUGAUGGUUGAGCUGUCGAAUGUCUCGAUGAAUCCUCUUGUUCGGUAAACAUAAUGUUCUCUAAUAGUUGGGGAGAAUCUGGCUGGAGGUUUCUAUGGUUUCCUGGUGGUUGCUAAGGAAAAGGAUCUCUGCCUCUAGGUCUUGGUGACUUUCUUUUUGCCUUGUCCUAGGCACCAGAGCCCAGCAGAACAUAAUGCUCGUUGUUUCCUAGCCCACUACAAUGGUGAGGGCAUAAUUUGUGACUCCCGUCACGGCUGGGCUCAGUGCCUGCCACUCUUUUUUUUUUUUUUUUCUUCUAAGGCCUCUUUGAAGAACAAGACCAAAGAGCCUUCAUGCAGGAGUCUGCGUGUUUGCUGUGCUCCCCGCCCCCUCACUUGCUGUUUCCUUUAGAGCUCCGAGUCAUUUUAACAAUUUAUUUCAUGCACUUUACAUAGCAAGAAGCUGUAGCAACAGCUGUGUCCGUGAAUCCUUACCGGGCAGCCCUCAGUGUAUUUUUGUCUGUCUAUGUAUUGUCCCAGGAACAGUUAAAUAAAUCUCUGCUGGAGGAAGGGACUUUACGGCUUAGCAGCGAAGGCUGGGUGAAUGGGAAUAUGAACGAGAUACCUACUGAGCUGCUGGAUCCUAGAAUAGCAGUGCCUCCGGCAUAAAGCUCUGUUCCCACUGGCGCAGCCGGGGGCCAGAUCCAGUGUGGUCCCUUUGUUGCUGUCAGCAGGGACUGCAUCUCCGUACACUGCCCAGUGAUAUAGCUUUAUUUACAGGAUGGAAUUUGGAUCCAAACCUGCAGACUGGAAGUGGUUAAAAUGCAUCUAGGCCUGACAGUCCAGAUCUAGGCUGUUGUACACGAUGGGCUUAUUUCCACAGGUGCCAUUCAGGAUCUGGGCGAUAGAUGAGUUGCUGGAGGCUGCAUGCCCUCACCGGGAGUUCAGCUGGGUUCUGCAGAGCCUUGCAGCUGCACGCAGUGCUGGGCAGGAUUUGGUCUGUCAGAGCGUCGCAGGAUUGGG